ACACCAAGCAGACUAACGUCCAUGUGAUGUGUACGUCUGGAGAGUCGCUUGCAGUCUGUAGUCUGAGCGGUUUCUCGUUUUUUGCUACAGUAGACGCAGUCUCCAGGCGCAGUGUGGCACAGGUUACCGCUAAAUUGUUUUUCUUUCUACUAAUAAAACGGAUUUUAAGCGUUUGUACUGAUGUAGCGCUAGCAGCUCCUAAAACCGGGAUCCAGUCAGUAACGUUAAUACCAUAAAUUCAACUGGAUGCUGGCAGUCACUUGGGUGGGGCUGACGCUGAUGACCGUACACAGGAGCAGAGCCCAGGGAUAAACCAGACCGCACAAGACCAGUUUAAAGAAGUACGGGGGGCUGUUGGUGGGUAGAGCCAUGACCAAGCCCGAGUCGAAGAAAAGCGGUGUGGCCGCGAUCAGCGCUACCGGCAAGUGCGCCACAACCGCGUCCGCUGCCGAGCAGGACAAGAACGGCUCCCUCGAGCAGGACAGUCCGCACCAGAGCGCACAGAUCAAAGUUAAUGUGAUGAAGCAGCCCUCCAAGGAGAGCCUGCACCGGAGAAACACGGAGUGCGAAGUCUAUGACGACGGGACCAACACCUUUUUCUGGCGAGCACAUACUGUGACAGUGCUGUUCAUUCUGACCUGUGCUCUGGUCUAUGUUACGCUGUUGGAAGAGACCCCCCAGGACACGGCCUACAACACUAAGAGGGGGAUUGUGGCAAGCAUCCUGGUGUUCCUCUGUUUUGGAGUGACACAAGCCAAAGAUGGACCCUUCUCCAGACCUCAUCCAGCUUAUUGGCGGUUCUGGCUUUGUGUCACUGUCGUCUACGAGCUGUUCCUCAUCUUCAUCCUGUUUCAGACGGUGCACGAUGGACGACAGUUCAUGAAGUACAUUGACCCCAAGCUUGGGGUACCCCUCCCUGAGCGUGACUAUGGAGGAAACUGCCUCAUGUACGACCCAGGCAACACCACCGACCCCUUCCACAACAUCUGGGAUAAAAUGGAUGGCUUUGUUCCAGCUCACUUCCUGGGAUGGUAUAUCAAGACUCUGAUGAUUCGCGAUUGGUGGAUGUGUAUGAUAAUCAGUGUCAUGUUUGAGUUCCUGGAAUACAGCCUGGAGCACCAGUUACCUAACUUCUCAGAGUGUUGGUGGGACCAUUGGAUCAUGGAUGUGUUGGUGUGUAAUGGUCUGGGAAUCUACUGUGGCAUGAAGACCCUGGCCUGGUUGUCAAUGAAGCCCUAUCAGUGGCAGGGCCUGUGGAACAUUCCUACAUACAAGGGGAAGAUAAAGCGUAUAGCAUUUCAGUUCACACCAUACAGUUGGGUGAAGUUUGAGUGGAAGCCUGCUUCAACAGUUCAGCGCUGGCUUGCUGUGUUAGGCAUCAUCUUUAUGUUCCUCCUAGCGGAGCUGAACACCUUCUACCUGAAGUUUGUGCUGUGGAUGCCUCCUGAACACUACCUGGUGCUGCUUCGCUUGGUCUUCUUUGUCAACGUGGGAGGCGUAGCUAUGAGGGAAAUCUACGACUUCAUGGAUGACCCGAAGUUCCACAAGAAGCUUGGCCAGCAGGCGUGGCUGGUGGCAGCAAUCACAGUGACAGAGUUCCUCAUAGUGGUCAAGUAUGAUCCCAACACUAUCAUGCUGCCCAUCCCCUUCUUCAUCAUGCAGUGCUGGUUUUUAGGAAUCCUCCUCAUCUUUACCUGGACGCUGUGGCGGUUCUUCAUCCGUGACAUCACCCUUCGUUACAAAGAGACGCGUCAACGCAAACAUGAAGUCCCCACGGACCGGGACCGUCCCCUGGGCAACGGCAGCACAGCCACCCCGUCUGGGCGGAGUAAACUGAAUGGCAGCUCCGAGACUCUGCGGCAGAGGAAGUCCUGAAGGUGGUGGUGGUGGGGGACGCGAGUCGUAACCCGGUCGGCCAGCAGCAGCUGAGGAGUGAAGUUCAAGGUUUGAUGUGAAAAAUGAAGGAGAAUCAUGACACAAAGGCACAAAUGGACACGUAUGUGCUAUGUAGACUUAAUUUGUGCCUACACACUAAGUAGUCAUUCAGCAGGGGCGAGGGAAGGGGCAAUUUUCAUUUGGUGCAUUGUCUAGUUAUUGUCUUACUACAGGGAUUUACCUCAUUCUAUUUUUUAAGAACAUUUGGGGAAUUAUACACAGGGCAAGAUACAUUUGUGUUAUUUAUACAUUACUUUGGAUGUUUGGUGAUGAGGAGAAAAAAAGAAAACACUGAGUCAAAGAGAGGUAGCGUAGUGGAAGGAGGGAUAUAGGCGACCAGGGAAGUAGAAUAGAUAGACUCUUGAUCAAUAAUCGACAGCCGUUUUCAUUUUCUCAGCUGUCGUAGAAAACAAGAGGUAAGCACCAGGAACGUGUCCGCCACUGUAAAUAUGCUUCGCUCGGUGUUGUGCAGAUGAGAAAGUAUAGUAUUUGGAGCAGUGAGGGGUUUCUGUAGGUGUAGGUAACAGAUGUUCAGUAUCAACCUGGGAUUUUCGUCACAAACUUGCCAAGCAGUAGUUUAAAUGGUUAAUCACACAUUUCUGUUAUGUUAAGUUAAAAUAACACUUUUUUUGUCUAUUGAUUCCCAUGCAUUUUUGACCGUUUAAGACAGUACUCUUUUCUUUGAUUUGGUCCCAAGCUUGUGAUGCAUUGUUUACAUAUGGGACUCGAUAUCAGCUUUUUAUUUACAGAUCAGGGUUCUUAUUCCUGGGAGCACUGAGUUUGGAGGUCCUUGUCACUGCUGGGGAACCUCCCUCAGGCUGACAUGGAGAGGAGAAACUGGUAAAAGCUUUUCUCUCCUCAAAUGCUUUGUUCUCGAAAAGAACAUCAAGUUUGUAAAGAAAAAAAAAUCAAAUUGUACGAUAUUCUAGGUAUUUAACUGCUGAUAUUCUACAUGAUAUAUUGGAUAUAGUAUGGGUGUUUUUGUAGAUGUUUUGUUAUCACUGUUGUUAUUUUCUUUAGGGUAACUAAAUGAUGAACACUAGAUUGUACUCAAGUUCCUUGAAAUGAAGUACUGAGAAAUCUGAAGCACUCAAAUGAAUACAUCCAUGACAAUCACACUGGCGGAAAGCUGCACUCCGUUUUCCUCCACUGUAACAGGACUGUAAAUAAAGCUGUGCUCAUUCAGUCACAUCAGAACAUGAAUUUAAUAUUUGAUUUCUUUCAUGCCAAAUGUUUUUUAUUUAACUUAUUAAAAUGGUGUGUUCUGCUGUGUCUGAAUAAGCUGAAACAAAAUGAAAACCAACCUUAUCUUAAGAGGGUGAAAUGAAGGUUUAGGUGUGGUUUGGUUUGGGAGGAGAACCAACCUUUUCCAGCUCCGUGGGGUUUACCAUAUUGCACAUGAAAACAAGCCAAAGCUUAGAUCUCAAUCUUGCUAAAACCAUAAAUGCCACCCAAACCAUCCGAGAUGCCCAAACAGCCGUUUAAGCCUCAUUUCAAUUCCUUUUCAUUUAGACUAAAGCAGACUCUCAAAGCCGCCGAGGUCAGUCAUGUCAGCUUACAGGUUUUAUGUUACAAAAGAAAACUGACACCUGGAGGUCAGACCACUAGGGAAAAAAAUAUUUGGGCAAUAAAGGCAUUUUAAAAGGCCUCAACUCCCUUAAUUCACUAACAUUAAAUGUCUGUCUAAAUAUGUGGUCAAUUAGUCGACACAAAAGUUAUCCACAACUAGUGUGAUCGAUUCAUUUUCUUUCUUUCAAGCAAAUGGAAUUUGAAGACAAGUUAUAAAUUAUUAAACUUAAAAUGGCCGUUUUUCUAUUUUUGUUUUUAUCUAUAGACAAAACAGUUAAAAGUUAGUCAAGAAAAUAACAGGCAGAAUAAGUGAUAAUGAAAAUAAGUGUUAGUUGCAGCCUUAGUUAGAUGUUCUGAUCUUUUCAUAAUGAUACAAGAAAAUAAGAAUUAUGUUGAAAAAAAAUCCAACUUGGAAAAACUGAAAAUAACUCCCUUGCAUUCCAGUCUGAUUGGAUUUCCACUGUUCCCAAAAUGUCUCCCAGAGAGCUUUAGUCUUUGUCCUGUAGCUGUCAGAGAAAGGAGUUGUGAAUUUCUGUGUGCUACUCAUUGUGUCCCAGUGGCUGCAUACUACAUAGUUGACAAAUUAUGACAUCUGUGAACCUAGCUCCAGAAUGUCCUGUUUUAACCUAGGCUCAUGUUAAAUGUCACUAUAGUAAUUAUCAUGUGAAGGUAAUCCAGCAGAAUUUGCUGUUCAAAUGAGAGGGUUUGCUUAUAUGUAUCAGUUUAUUUAGCCAUAAACACUAAACUGAAGUUUCUCCUGCUAAAUCAGGCUGCAACUGUUUGCAUGUUUGACCUUCUUUUUUGGACACAGAGAUUGCUGUGCAAAUUUAAAACCCUAAAAGCGAUGUAGCUAAUAUUUCAAAGUUUGUACUUGUUGUCCUGUGCUAAUUCUGUCACUUGUGAACUUUUGUAGAAGUUAGGGAAGUUUGCUUACCCCCCCUCCUUUAACUAAAUGCUUUUUAGAUGGGGGCUGGGGAUUCAUUGUGUACCCGUGUCCAAGUGCUUUCAUUUGAAAUCGCUGAAGACUUAAACAAGCCCAAGUCAAGAAUUUGCACAUCAGAUCUGAAAUCACAAAAUGGUGAAUUCAGAAACUAAACCCAUAAAUGAGCUGCAGAACAAAAUAGGAAGUGGUCCCCCCCCAAAAAGGACAGAAGGUUUUGAGGGUUCAGUGUAGUUUCACUUGCCACAUGGGGGCGGUAGGUGUUCUUACUGUCUCUGCCCGGUGUUCCUGUCUCAAUCAUUUACAACUUGCUGUAAAAGCCAUUUUCAACAUAGUUUGUGUAAAUGUGAAGAUGUUAAAGGUCAUACAAACUGAAAUAUGCUGCUGCACUACUUACUUUUAUAAUGUUUUCAAUAAAAUAAACUGAAAAUCUGA